AUUAAUUCGGCGAAUUUUUCCAUUCUUCGGGAAGAAUCAAUUUUGCGAGUGAUUUGUUAGAAAAAAUCGGAGGAAAUUGCGUCGAAUAUAAAGUAAUCCAAUAAAUAUUAUAUCUUAAAAAAAUCACCAAAAGGCCAUUUUCUCAAAAAAUAAAAAAAAAACAUUUAAGAAGAAUAAGACAACGUAUGAAAUACCAAAGCAAAUGAAAAAGUAAAUGUGAAUAAAAAGCCAAAGAAGAUCAAAAGACAAAGGAAAAGUAAAACUACGAAAUUAUCCAAGAAAUUUUUGUUGGUUUUCCGUUUCCUUACAAAAAAAGAACAACAAAACAAAAAAUAACAGAAUGGGUGAUUCGGAACGGCAAUCUCUAUUGAAGAAUGAGGAGAACACCACCUCGAUGUAUACAUCCGCUGCAGCUGGCGCCACUCAAUCUCAGGUAUCCGACGUGGGAGUAGCAUCGUCCCAGCAACAGCCACAGCAGCAGACAGAAGGUGGAGCUCCCCAAUCGAAUGUGCCUUUCAUUGGGCCCGAUGAGGUGCCACCACCCUAUCAACAAGGCACAGCUGGUGGUGUGCCCAUGGUCACUUGUCGUGUGUGCCAAAGUAUGAUCGAUAUUACCUCGAAACGAGAUCAGCAUGUGGUAAAAUGUCUUCAGUGUAAUGAAGCCACACCCAUACGUAAUGCACCGCCUGGCAAGAAAUAUGUUCGUUGCCCUUGCAAUUGCUUGCUCAUUUGCAAAAGUUCAUCUCAACGUAUUGCUUGUCCUCGUCCCAAUUGCAAGCGUAUUAUUAAUUUAGCACCCAGUCCCGUUACACCACCUGUACCCACUAUGCCGGGUAUGUGUCGUGUAAUAUGUGGCCAUUGUUCUGAUACGUUUUUGUUUAACACAUUUCACAACUCUUUGGCCCGUUGUCCACACUGCAGAAAAGUGUCUUCGGUUGGUUCACGUUUCGCUUGUGGCCGUGGAAUUAUAUUUAUUAUUGUAGGAUUAAUUGUUUUGUUUACUGGUAUUGGUAUUACAGUUGGUACACACCGAUAUGCUCAAGAUCAUGCGGGCAUUUAUGUGGUAUACAUUGGUAUGUUUUUGAUUGGGGCAUUCUUGUGUGCCCGCUCGCUUUACUACUUCCGCUUGAAAGUAAGCCACGUAGAUGGACCCAUGUAAGAGCGUAUUCAAAUCGGCUUUUAAUAGCAGAGCAUUCCUUUUGAUAUUAAAAAAAAAGCUAAACAAACAAACCAUAAUACGUGAAACCCGAAAAAAAUUCAAUAUGUUUUUCUACACUCUAAUUAUAACAAAAAAAAAAAAACAACAAAACUACGACAGAAAUUGAAUUCUGUAAAAAUCAGGAAAAAUGAUGUCAAGGAAAGUGAACAGUAAGACAUCAGACACAAACAACAAUAGACCAACAUACACACGCCACAUACACACUAUAACACAUGCAUGCAUAACAAUGUAAUUUUGAGGAUAAAACCACAACAACAACAUAGUAUUUUUCUUAUAAAAUUGUAAUGCUAGAAAAAUGUUUAAGAAACGAAAAACAAAACAGCCCACAGCAUUGUACAUCAUAACACCUUAAAGCUGCUGGAGGUGAUAGCGAGGACAAAUAACAAACAAAAACACAACAACAAUGAUGAUUUCAUUAAUUCUGAAGAUAGAUGAUGAUGAUGGUGAUGAAGUGCGCUGAAUGAUGAUGAUGAUGAUGAUGAUGAUGAUAGAUCAUUAAGCCAUAGAUGUAUGUACGUUUUCUAAAUUACAUAUACAUAUAUAAUAUAUAUAAAAAUAUACAAAUACAUCUUAAGAAAUGUUAAAAAGGAAAAUUUUCCCAAUAAAAUACCACAAAAAUAGAAAAAAAAACA